AUGCUCACACAAAUUAUAUUUAACAUUAAGGAGUUAUUAUUCUUGGAAUUUAUAAUUAUGUUUGCUAAUUAUCCACGUCAAUCACCAAAUCCAUCAAACAUUUUUAGAGGAUAUCCGUCUAUGGGGUUUAAUGUUAAUGCUGCUUCCUUUAUACCACAAGGUACGAUAGCAGGUCCGCAGUAUCCAAAUCAAAAUGUAACAUAUUUGCAAAGUGAAGGUCCUGCUCAAAUGCGUAAAUUAUUUAUAGGUGGCCUUAAUCAUGAAACGACUGAUGAACAGUUACGAGAUUAUUAUUCACAGUGGGGUAAUGUUGUUGAUUGUAUUGUAAUACGAGACCCUGCUACAAAACAUUCUCGUGGUUUUGGUUUUGUUACAUAUCAAACAAUACAAAUGGCAGAAAUUGCAAUGAAUGAAAGACCACAUACAAUCAAUGGAAAAGUAGUUGAUCCUAAACGUGCUAUUCCAAGAGAGCAAAUGUUACCAUUGACUUCGUCCAAUCCACCACACUUUUUAGAGUGUGCUCCUUCUACGGGAUGUAAAAUAACUAUUUCGGGUAUUCAUUGGGAUUUUCAUACUGUUGAUGGUAUUCGCACAUACUUUGAUAGAUUCGGUGCUGUUGAGCAAGUUGAGAUUCUUGGAAAUCCUCGUGGAAUGGGUUUUGUUGUUUUCGAAGAAAAAGAUAGUGCUGAUAAAGCUUUAGAAUUUGAAGAUGAACAUAUAAUAAACGGUAAACGUGUUGAAAUCAAGAGAGAUGAUGAGGAUCCUGAAGUUACGCCUAAAACAAGUCCAACUAAACAUGCAGUUAAAACGCUUUUCCCAAAUAGCAAAAAUUCAAAAAAUAUGUUACACUCAAAUAAUAAUAAUGAUAUUAAAGAAAGCAGUGAUUAUUCAGAUGAUUGUUCAUCAGAUAAUACAAUAUCAACAUCACAUUCUCAUUCAACUCAAUAA